ACGUGCUAUGGUCUUAAAGUAUCUUAUCGUGUGAUACGUGGGUAAUCAAGUCUUUUGAAAAGAAAAUUACUUUAAACAAAGGAAGGCGUAAAUCAUAACAGGAAGAUGAUUACACAUGAAGCUACUCGUUAUUAUAUACUUCUCGUAGCAGUAAUUUGGACGUUGUUUCCUCAGGGUUACCGAAGUGUUGCCGUUGAAGCAUCUUAUACUGAAAAGGGUCCUUCCAGCGUGACACAAUGCGUUCUUCUCAAUAAAGCAGUAGAAAUACGACAAAGCUGGAAUCCGGAAAAGAGCAGAAAGAACGAGCUCGUUAACAUAACAGGCGUGUCACAGGAAUCAGCUGAAUAUGUAAAUAAUAUCAUCACGUGUAAAUGGAAAAGAAAUCUUGUAACCAGUGUUUAUGAUACCACUUUUAAUAUAUUAACCAACAAGUACUACUUGGUGUUAGCUAAAGGCCCAACUGAUAACCAGGGAAAUCUGAAAUACCAUGGAAAACAGCGUGGAUUUUCCAGUGAUCGCGUGAACCUGAGUUCCAUCAGUUUGGUUCUUAGUGAUAACUCCGUAGAUGUUUUGAUUUCGAUGCAUGGUGAGAUUUGUGAUUGUCACAUUUAA